GUGCCUUUAUAUUUAUUAUUUAUUAUCACUCAUUUAUUUCUUUUCUUCUUCUUCGUCUUCUUCUUCUGCCCUCUCCUCUGCAUAUAAAGGAGCUCUGCGCCCUCUUUCCUCGUCUCGUUAAGAUGGAAAGCCCUUCACCCUUUGCCAAAGUACUGGAGAAGCAACAAUCUAUAAAGAACGAGCCCAGAACUCUGUUUGAAGAAGAAAUGGAGUUAGCCAGAGAAGCUGCUCUGGAAGUGAUCAAUAAUACCCGAAAACAAGCACUCAAGAUAUUUUUGGAGGGAUUGGAGCCGAUAAAGAUCAGUCCACUGAUGCCAAAAUGGGAAUCAUUGAAUUUUGAGGAAGUGAACCAAGAAUUCUGCUAGCUGAAUGAUGGAGGAUCGGACUCCUUAAUGUUUUUGUUUUCCUAGUAGUACUUGGUGUUUGUAUCAAUUAUAUAUGACUACUGCUGAUACCUAUGGCUUUAUAUUUAUAUGUUUUGAGUAGAUGGAUCAUAGUUCCCAUCAUACUUCAUUACCUUUUAUUGCCAUCCCUCAUCACAAUGUGCCAUGAAGAGAGCCUCACAUUAAUGUUGUUCUUGGAGUUCCUGUGGUGCUCAUUAGAUUGGUAAUUGGUCUAUCACAUUUUUAUUACUUAGAUGAUUCAAUGAAAAGUAACCUUUUUU